CUGUGGACAGGCUGAUCGGUGCAUCACACCAAAGCCUUUUAUCCCUUUUAUAACACCUCCUACUUGACUGCAUGCAGCAGCAGAGCUGUUACCUAGUUACAAGCCGGAGACUGAGCGACCUGCGCCUGUGUGCUGAUGGGCAUCAGUUAGUCCGGCAGCAGACGGCUGGUGUUUUUCUCAGCGCAGGAUGGGAAUGAAACGCGUCCUGCAGCGAACCGGCAGAGUGCUGCUGCUUUUCUCGCGUUGUUUCACCGCUAAAACCCACAGACAGCCAGCGCUCAGGAGGACCGCGGCGUGGAAAGUGUCUGCUUGAAGAACAGAUGGGUGGGAGCUGAAACAGCAGAAGGACGAAUCAUCAGGGAAGCACAAACAUGGGUGACAUCUCGCUUCUCGGUGCGGAGAUGAUCGCUAAGGCGUGGGAGAACGGCAGCUUGGCGAGCCCUUCGCUCGGCAUCCCGUUGUUUAUGCUCAUGUUCAACGACAGCGAUCAGAACGAGACUCUGUUUAACUCCACCAACUCCACCUUUCUGGAUGUUUCCUCAGGUCCCAGUGUGGCUGGGGUCCUCAUCCCUCUUAUAUACAUCAUUGUCUGCAUUAUUGGCCUGGGGGGAAACACUUUGGUGAUUCACAUUGUGCUGCACUACUCAAAGAUCGAAUCAGUGACCAACAUUUACAUCCUGAACUUGGCUAUCGCUGAUGAGCUGUUCAUGUUCGGCCUGCCGUUCCUGGCAGUUCAGAACACCCUCCAGUCGUGGCCCUUUGGUUCCUUCAUGUGCCGACUUGUCAUGACGGUUGACUCCAUCAAUCAAUUCACCAGCAUCUUCUGCCUGACUGUGAUGAGCAUCGACCGCUACCUUGCUGUUGUGCACCCCAUUCGCUCCUCAAAGUGGCGCCGCCCUCAGGUGGCCAAAGUAGUGAACGGCACUGUGUGGGCUCUGUCCUUCCUCGUCGUUCUGCCAGUGGUGAUCUUCGCCAACAUCCAGAAGGCAGGAGGCACAUGUAACAUCGCCUGGCCCCAGCCGGCAAACAUUUGGAGGGCCGCAUUCAUCAUUUACACCUCCACUGUUGGGUUCUUUUGUCCUCUUCUUAUCAUCUGCCUCUGCUAUCUGCUCAUCGUUUUCAAGAUCCGCAGUUCAGGGAAAAAAGUCCAUGCCACCUCAACCAAGAGGAGGAAGUCAGAGCGAAAAGUAACACGAAUGGUUGUGAUUGUUGUUGCAGUCUUUGUCUUCUGUUGGUUGCCUUUUUACGCCCUCAACAUCGUCAAUCUGCUGGUUUCCCUGCCCUCAGAUUACCAGGGGCUUUACUAUUUUGUUGUUGUGCUCGGAUACGCCAACAGCUGUGCCAAUCCGAUUGUGUAUGGCUUCUUGUCAGACAACUUCAAGAGAGGUUUCCGUAAAGCCUUGUGUCGCUCCACAAGAAAAGUGGAGAGCCACGAGCCUGUGGAGCAUCCGCUGCAGCAGGACGAGGGAAGGAGGGCCAUGAUGCCAAGGGAGAGCCUGAGGCGAGUUAUCAGGGACGAAGAUGAUGAUGAUGAGGACGUCUCAGAAAUGACUGAGAUCUACAGAAUCACCCAGAACAGAAACACCAGCUUCCAGCCUCAAAGCUCACAACUGCUGUUCACGCAGAAAGGAGCGUCAGCUGGAGAAAUGGAUAUGCCGUCCCCCGACAGGAACUGCAGCGGUGAACCCAAAGGGAAGGAACCUGUCAACGGGUCCUCACUGACUGUCCCGCUGCUUCUUAAUGGAGCUAAAAGUGGGAGCAUAAAAACUCUGCCAGAGGAUAACACAGAACAGAGUGCAUCAUUGGAGAUAAGUUAUUUAUAGUUUCAAAUAUGACAUUAAAUUACUUAAAGUGAAAUUAAUAUAACUUUGGCCUACUAUGGCUUCAGCUGAUCCAAGUACUAGACUGUAUGAAUAUAAUGUGUAUAUAUGUGGAUAUCUGAAGGGUCUAAUUUGUGCCUUUAUUCACAUGCCAUGAAGUUCAGCUCUGGUUUGGUUGUGUUAAAUGUUGGCUUCAACAUGUGCACCUCGGGGGAAAAUUCACAAAGCAAUUUGAGUAUGUUAAAUGUGUACAAACCAGAUUCUACUUCCUAAACUACAAGCAAAGGAAGAUCUGCAAAAAUAGGUGCAAUUUCCUGGAACCAGCUGAACUUGAUGGGUUUGUCUGCCUUUGCAUAUAGUACAAUAGUGUGUGCAAACCAAGGCCAGAAACUCUGACCACAUUGCAUUGCAUUGGGAAUUUCCCCCUCGGUCUCUAAGAUAUUUCUUAUAUGCUUUGUUUGUGAUGCUGAGUCACAGUCAGGAUGAGAUUUGUUUUCCAAACAAAUGUUGCAGAAAGGUUAUCAAAAAGUAAAGUGCACAUAUUAACUAUAACAUAUAUAUUAUAUAACAUAUAAUAAUACAUUUAGCAGUCAAGCUUCUGUAUAUAUUUGGUUUCCUCUUGAAAUGGUAUUAAUUUGCUGAGUUUGCUCCUAUUAAUAUUUCCAUUUUGCAUCUGCAAAACAGACAAGAGGAAAUGGAUACGAUGUCAAGUUUUGCCAUUUUCACAAAAUGAAACACAUUUAAAAACAGCUGAAGUUGACCAAAGUUCUUUAAAAUGUAUUUGUUCUUUGCUUUGGCAACUAAGACAUAGAGGGUUAGUUUUUGAAAAUUUUCAGGUUAAAAAUGUUACAUCAUUAUGUUGACAGGUUUAAAAUGGACAACAAUGUCCCUGAAUCAAUGGUAAACUGUGUGGAUUUUUUUUUCCUUUUCUUUAGAAAGCAAGAGUUGUUUACUGACAUUAAGUUUUAUUAUAACUUUGAUUCAAGAACAAGUGUCGUAUUCUAGUUAUAAGUAAAAAUCAAAUAAAUGAAUCACUUACAACAUAUCAUCCAUCAACUCAUAUAGGCUCCUUUCAGAUCAUCUUUCCAUUCUGUGGUCCAUAUGUUUUCUUUAUGUCUCGCAAUCAACUGAUAGGUCCUGACACGGAUUGGAGGGUUGAAGUCAACCCACCAACAUUAGGCCCGUGAUCCAUUUCGAGAAGCAUUAACAAACCCGUAACCACGAUGAACAAUAAGUUGUAAUACGCAGACAGUUGCACAACUAUGCGGGUGUUCGUAGCUCAUUGAUCAGCAGGAUCUGAUGAAGAUGACAGCAUGUUGAAGAUGGAGAACAAUUUUCCAUUAAUUUAAAGUUUUAAAUACAUUUAAACAGCCUGCAUGAGGACCACAACCCAGAGAUCAGCCCAGUGGGAAAUCUCCCACAAGCCUAAUGCAUUGUUCAGGUGAAUGCUGCACAUGUCUGGCUAUGCCCCUUGGUUGUGCAACUGUAUGCUCUAAAAGUGUGCAUGUCUUGUGGUCUUGGUGGAUUGACAUGCAUGAUGUGAAAGGACAAAGUGAUCCAUACUGAGGCAUUUGUCCUUGCUUUUUUUUGCAGAACUAUGAAAUCAAAGGGGUUUUAUUUUGUUUAAUUUAUGCCAGGAAAUUUCAGAAAUACUAAUUGCUCUUAAUUUUUGCCUCAAAAGGUGAAAUGAGAUAUGAUCGCAUUGAUUACAUUGGUACUAAUGAAAAAGCCACAUUUUCGCU